AUGCAGCACCCUUCCAGGGGUCCUCCACCUUUAGGAGGCCCCUGGGAACCUCCCGGCUUCUCCAAUGGCCAGAGCACCACCGAGUACAGCUUUUAUCCGCCUCACUAUGAGUCGACCAGUCACCCGACAGCCAACCUAGCCAGCUCCGCUGCUAGUUACUCUGGGAGUCGCACAACUAGCCGCGCAGCUAGCUACGGGAGAGGACAGGAAAGCUCAAGAGAGUCAGACUCUUACCCAUGGGAAACCCAGAGUUGGCGUUGGGAGGGCCCUCAUGGCCAGCCCCCUGAAAGCCCCCCAAAGCCAGGCUACAUUGUGAGCCAGGCGCGAAGACGGGCAGAUAACUCUACAGCAGCUGACAUCAGGCGGCAGCAGCGGCCAUGGCAAACGGAAUCCCCCAAGGAUCUCCCAAGAAGACGAUCAAGUGCCGCGCAAGAAUUCCUAAGGCAACAGCGACAGCACCAACAGCAGAAGCAGCAGCCCCAACAACAACGCGGUAAGUACAUGGCUUCCACGUAUACUGGUAAAGCUGGAAUCUCAGCAAGUGCAGCAGCAAAACACGCACAAAAAGCAGCAGCACUCAACAGCAGCCUUGAGGAAGUGCAGCGAACGCUCCAACGAGCGAUUCAGAAGUGUAGUCUGAAGCACCAACAGCAGCAGCCACAGCAGCACGAGCAGCCGAGGCCACAGGAGCAGCAUGUUGGACCUCUCCCCCCUGCUGCUGCCAGCCGCAGCGAAGCAGAUGUACGACACGAUGAAGUCUACAGGCAGCUCCUUAAUCACGGCGGAAAACAUGGCGGGAUAGCGCCUUUGACCAAAAGCUCUCCUCAGCACCAUCCGCAACAGCCGCAGUCUCUGAUGAUUGAAGGGACGUUUACCGCCACUUGCUCGGCCUCCCCUGCCAGUAGCGUUCCCCAAACUCCAGCAUCGAUCUGCCACAGUGCAGCAGCUGCUGCUCCUUGCCUCCCUAAGGAAGCGGCGGAGAGGCCAGCAGACAUCUCCGGAUAUCCCACAGCGCAGCAGCAACAGGAGAAGGAGCAGCAUGCGGUAAAGCAACAAAUCCAGCAGCAGGAGCAGCCACAGCAGCAGCAGCCGCCGAUUUCCGAGGUGGCCGCCACGCCACUGUCUUCCGGCUCGCAGAAGCUAGCUGUGGAGCUUUUGCGGCGGCAGAUGCUUCAGCAAGAUCAGCGACGCCAGCUACAGCCACAGCAUCUACAAGAAGAGCAGCAACGACGGCAGCUCAUGCAGCAUCAGCAGCAGAGGAUGCAUGAGCUUGGGCAACAGGCGGAAAAGCGACAACUCGCAACAAGUGUUCCCCCAAGGUUCUUAGGUCCCGCUGGUUUAGUCUUGUCAGAGCGCCAGUCAGUUCUGCAGCACCAGCAGGAGCGGCAGCCGCAGAAGCAGCAGCAACUGCUCUUCCAACAGCAAGAACUCCAGCAGCCGCAGCGAUAUUUCCAGCGGCAGCAGCAGCACCAGCAGCCGCUUCCACAAUACACAAUUUCAUUAUGUCCCUUACAGCAGCACAGCAGCAGCAGCAAUGAACUCAACCGCAGUAGCUUCGAUGCGCAGGCGUACCUGCUUCGGGUGUAUCUCUUGGACAGCUGUCACCGCCUGGAAACCCUAAGAAGGUCUAUCCUUGCAGAGCUCGCAAGAGACGCCUUUUCUUUCUGGUUUCUUCAAACCAAGCAGCCCCAGUUGAAGGCUCUAUGGGACAAAAAGGUAUUGCGAGAAACGUGUCAGCUACGAAGACUGGAGCAAAAAGCUGAGGAAGCCCAGCAGAACCUCUGUGCCUAUGCAGCUCAGAGGCAACAUGGUGCGUGCGCUUCAAAGGCUCAAGUGGACUCCCGGGUGGGGUUGCCCACCUCAAGUGGUCUGGCUUCCGAGGUUGUGGAGGAUAUGCAGCGGCAGGUGCUACACCAGGCAAACAGACUCAGAAUAUACAAAAUCAGAAGAGGAGCUGCUUUAGGUGGUGUGAUACUUCAGCAGCUGCUGAGAAGGCUAGCAGUAAAGCAGCAACAGGAUACUAUGAUGCGAUUAAGGAAUGGAGGCCCCUCGGAAACGCAGCUACUGAACCUGGCUGUGCAGAUGCUGCCCAAGUAA